UGGAGGUCUCUGUGCGUGAUUGUAGAGAGGUACGCCAUUUCUUACCACUUUCCUCCUCUCUCCUCCUCUCCUCUCUCCCCUACUACUCAGAGACUGCAAUUCUGCAGCCUUUCUUCCACUCACUUUAACCCCCAUUGGGGUUUUACAAUUAUAUCAGAGGAGACUCUUCACUGCCUCACUCUUUCUCUCUCUCUGACUCUGUUUUCCCCGACAUCAACCUCUUCCUUCCCUCUUUUGGUAUAAAUUCCCCCAACCCCGUCUCCCUCUCUUCCUUCUCUCACCAACCCACCAAUCCUUGCCUCCUCUCCCCUCUUUUCCUUCUCUACCCCUUCCACUUCUGCACCCACUCCUAAAAUGGAGAUGGAGAUCUGCGCCAACUUGAUGGGACACUCCAAUCCCACCAGAGACCAAACUCCCAACGCCACUAAUCUUUCUUGCCCCAAUAACAUCUGGGACUUCAAUUCCUCCCGCUUCGACUUGGAUUGGGCCACUGCCAACUCUCUCUGCCCCGACACCACCCGAUCCCAACCCAUGUCCGCCCACGCCCUCUGGCUCCACCCACAUGACGCGGACGCCCGCCACCACCAGUUUCUCUACGCUGCCGAUCACCAGCGCGCCCAUUUCCACCCAGACCCCCACCUCAUGUGUUUGAAGCUCGGCAAGAGGCACUACUUCGAGGACGCCACUGCGCCGUCCGUCGUGGGAGGCUUCGCCACUGUGGGGAAGAGAGGGAAGGGUUUAUACGGUGGAGAUGGAGGGCCUUAUGGCCCAGUUCCGACGACCGUACCCCGGUGCCAAGUGGAGGGAUGCCAUGUGGCGCUGGUGAACGCGAAGGACUACCACCGUAGGCAUAGAGUGUGCGAGAUGCACUCGAAGGCUCCAAAAGUUGUGGUUGUAGGCUUAGAGCAGAGGUUCUGUCAGCAGUGUAGCAGGUUCCAUGUGAUUUCAGAGUUUGACGACUCAAAGAGGAGCUGUAGGAGGAGACUGGCAGGGCACAACGAGAGAAGAAGAAAGAGUUCUCAUGAAUCUGUGGCGGCAAGGAACUGCACCCAAGAAAACAAGUCUAUGACAGGUAACAUUGCAUACAUACCAUCGCCGACGGGACGUGCUCUCUCUCUUCUGUCAUCGAAGAAAGAAACAUGGGCGACCACAUCGGAGCUGUCGCUGAGGUCGAGUGCAGCACUCCGAGAAUUGAUAGCGGAGAAUCGCGCCGCCAUUCUCGCUCGUCAGCUGAUUCUGGACCGAGAUUGGCACUUGAACCACGCGGCGACGACGGAUGAUUUCGGAGGAGGCGGCGUUGGAUUCCAUCAGCAGCAGGGGUUGUAUUGCGAGCAGCAGCAACAACAGAGCUGGGAGGGGAUGAAUGAAAAUGGCGGUGCGCACGUGACGCUGGACCUGAUGCAGGCGCCUAGCACCGCGUUUGGGAUGCUGUCCGUGAGAGGGAAAUCGAAGGAAGAGGAGGAGGAAUGUUGCGAGUUAUGGAACUCCUUUCACGAUCACGAUUCGCACGUUGUUUAAAAGUAUAUUAUAAUUGUAGAUGUAUGUGUAGUCCUCGUAAGUGGAACCAUGAACAUUUGG